AAGAGGCUUCAUGUUAAUGGAAGUACCAUUCCAAGAAAGUGAUGACGAGGAGCCAUUAAUGGGUUAUAAGCCGGGGCAUGAUUGGAUCAAUUAUCUUUUUAGCUGUAAUAUGGAGACCAGACAGACAGGGGUCAGGAGUCAGUUCAGUCAUUGGUGGACAUUUAUUGAGUAUCCACUGGGUCCAGGCACCGUGCUGGAUGCUACGGAUACAACUUGGAAUAAGACAGACAUGGUCACUGCCCGCAUGGACUUUAUUGUGCUUUUCCCAGUGUGGUCCCUGGUCUAACAGCAUCAGCAUCACCUGGAAACUUGUUAGAACGGCAGUUUCUCUGCGCACACCCCAGGCCUACUGAAUCAGAAAGUCUGGGGCUGAGGCCCCACGGUCAAUGUUUUAACAAGCCCUCCAGGUGAUUCUAACGCUCGACUUAAGUUUCACAACCACCUGGCUACCGUAAUGGACCCAAGCGGUUUUGAGAGGCCAACCCAGGGUAGAGGCAGCAAGAGCCAGAAAGGAGAGGGUGGACUUGAGAGGGAGGUCAGAGACGGACUCCUCUGCUUUCAGAGGAGUUAAGGAUGAAGGAGUGUCUGGUGUGGGCCACUGGCUCGCGGUUUACCAGAUGAGAACCAUGUGUACUUGCCUCCAGAGCCCACACUUUUCCAUUCAGUCGCAUUAGGGCUCUGCGGCAGUGCCUGCCAACCUGUCUCAGGCCACGGGCCAUGUGGGAGAUGAUAAUAUUUGUACUGUGCACGGGGGACAUGGAUGAGGCUGCUUGAGGUGGCAGGAGACCAGCUGGAGGACUUGAGGCCGCUAGGACCUGGAAGGGGCCACCCAGGGGUUCCAGACUCCCAGAGCCGAGAGGAGCCGGCAACCCAUCGUCAGCAUACGACAGGGCAGCUCUGCUUCACGGGAGAUGCCGAAAGAUUGUACAUAACAGAGAAGAUGACAGCUCCCUGCUAGCAGGAGAAUCGUUUCUGAUCUACUCCGUGGAAUGUUGUACUGCCAUCAGGAAUGCACAAGUGCUUCCCCGCACGGGGUGUCAUGGAAGGGCUGCUGUCGAGAUGCAGGGCACUGCCCGCCCUGACCACCUGCGGCCGCCAGCUCUCUGGGUACGUUCCUCACAGGUUUUACCACUGUGGCCCAGAGAGAGGGAAGCGCUUGGUGCUGUCCCGCAUGUUCCAGCCCCAGAACCUUCGGGAAGACCAGGUGCUCUCUCCUGAGGGCAGAUCUGGCGACCUGAGCUGUAAGAGCCAGCGGCUGAUGCUGCAGGUGGGUCUGAUCCACCCGGCAAGCCCCGGCUGUUACCACCUCCUGCCUUAUACCGUGCGUGCCAUAGAGAAGCUCGAGCGGGUGAUAGACCAGGAGAUGCAGGCCAUCGGGGGACAGAAGGUCAACAUGCCCAGCCUCAGCCCAGCAGAGCUCUGGCGUGCCACCAAGCGGUGGGACUUGAUGGGCAAGGAGCUGCUAAGACUUAAAGACAGACACGGCAAGGAAUACUGCUUAGGACCAACUCACGAGGAAGCCAUCACGGCCCUGGUCGCCUCCCAGCAGACACUGUCAUACAAGCAGCUUCCGUUCCUGCUGUACCAGGUGACAAGGAAGUUUCGGGACGAGCCCAGGCCCCGCUUUGGUCUUCUUCGCGGCCGGGAGUUUUACAUGAAGGACAUGUACACCUUCGACUCCUCCCCAGAGGCCGCCCUGGAGACCUACGGCCUGGUGUGCGGGGCCUACAGCAGCCUGUUCCACAGGCUGGGGCUGCAGUGCGUCAGGGUCCAGGCGGACGUGGGCAGCAUCGGGGGCACCACGUCUCACGAGUUCCAGCUGCCGGCCGAGGUCGGGGAGGACCGGUUUGCGGUCUGUCCCGGCUGCGGCUUCUCGGCCAACAUGGAGACGCUGCACUCGUCGCAAACCAGCUGCCCUGCUUGCCGGGGACCACUGACCGAAAGCAGAGGCAUCGAGGUGGGGCACACGUUUUACCUGGGCACCAAGUACUCCUCCAUUUUCAGUGCCCAGUUUACCAACGCCCACGGCAAACCGUGCCUGGCCGAAAUGGGCUGCUACGGCCUGGGUGUGACGCGGAUACUGGCUGCCGGCAUUGAGGUGCUGUCCACCGAAGACUCUGUUCGCUGGCCCAGCCUCCUCGCGCCUUACCACGUGUGCCUCAUCCCCCCGAAGAAGGGCAGUAGGGAGGAGGCGGCCACCGAGCUCACGGGCGGCCUGUACGACCUCAUCACGGAGGCAGUGCCGCAGCUCCGUGGUGAGGUCCUGCUCGAUGACAGGACCCAUCUGACCAUCGGAAACAGACUGAAAGACGCCAACAAGUUUGGGUACCCCUUUGUGAUCAUCGCCGGCAAGAGGGCCCUGGAGGACCCUGCCCAUUUUGAAGUCCGGUGCCAGAACACCGGUGAGGUGGUCUUCCUCACCAGAGAAGGAGUCACGGAAUUUCUGAGCCACGUGCAGGUCGUCUGAAUACCCCCGAACCACCCCCACCCCAUCUUGCAGCCUUAGUGUUCAUUCGGACGGUCUUUUCCUGCACUCCUUCCCAGGGCCGGCCUCUCCAGGUACAAGGCAGCUCAUGGAAGGGGGAGCAUGUUAGGGAAACCGACUUUUAUCCAGUCCUUUGUUCCUACUCUUUGUGUUUGAAGUUGGUGAUUCCAUUCUCUGGACUGGCAGUGUUGCCACAUAGCAUUCCUCUUAUAUUCCAUUGUGGAGGCUUGUGGGUUAGGGGGCAGAGGGGCAAGAGAGAGCCGCUCAUCUUGACCCUCAGGCGAGUGGCUUCCGUUCUCUGCGGAGUUUCCCGUGUGGAGGAUGCGAGUGGCCUGUGGCCAAGGCCCUCCUGGCUCCAGCAGUCUGACCCCUCCUGGCGCCUCUUGCCGCGUUUGGUCUGGAGAGCAGUCCCACCGGCCCUCUCCCACUUGGUCAUGUCCCCUUCCCUGCUGGGGCCUCAGUUUCCCCAUCUGUGACAUGAGAAAAUGGAACUAGAUCUGUAAAAUUCUUAAGCUGUCACUGGGUGGUUCCAAAGAGGUUCAUGAUGGGCAAAUCUGGGUCCUCUGAUCCCCUGUAGUCUAAGCUACACAGAGAAUUGAUAGAAUUAACUAAUGGCCCAAAACCACCUCCAGAGACCUGGCUCUUUUGGGGUGGCUUAGUGUGGAGUUGGUGUUAUAUUGAUUGAAUAAAGUAAGCUACUGGGAUGAGCCUUGCAUAGUAACUUGGAACAGUGGUAAUGCCUGCCGUUUUAACAGCAGCAGCUUCUUUCCUUUUUUAUCCUACUAUUUCUACAGUUCACUCAAAAACAAACAAAACCCACCUCCGAAGGCUGGGAAUAUGUUUUAAACCAUUUUUCCCCCAAAUGUAGGGGUAGCAGGCUUCAGGUACCACGGUGAACUUGUCUUGGGUCCAGAGUUGGGUCCUAGAGCCGCACCAGGGGUGCAUAUUAAGGUCUCUGCCCAUAAUCUGUGGAAACUGGGAGCAGGCUUGAGCCACAGAGCAGUGCCACCUGCUUUCACUUCUGCUCAUCAGAUUAUGGUCUCGACACGUCCAAAGCUAACAAGAUUCUGUCACAGUCAAGCUCAGGGCCACCACCUCUGGAAGCAUUUUGCCCUCUGCUUCCCCCACGCUCUCCCAUUCAGCACUGAUGACGUUGAUUCUUGUUUGGAGCACACACAGCUCAUUGUUCGUGCACCCCCCUCUCUCGGUUGACAGUCACCUCCCCAAGGUCAUGGUCCUGGGCUGAUUCCCAGUGUACCACACUUCAUGGCCAGUUGUCCCACCUGCCAGACAGCUCCCCAGCAGUGUGUUCCUGCUGCUGCUGUCACUGCUCAAGUAACCCACGCCCCAGCACACACCAUCAGGUCUCCUCAUUAACAUUCAUGCCAAGCCCUGAUGACCCCCAGGCCAGGAGAUGUGUAUUCUGAGAGCAGACCUAGAAAGGCUGGAUUAGAAGUCAGGGGACUUUACCCUUGGCUGCACUUUGGAAUUACCUAGGUCCCACCCGGAAAAGUUCUGGUUAGAGUCUGGGGUACGGCCUGGGCAUCCUGCAUUUGAAAGCUCCAUAGGUGAGCUCCAUAGAUGCACGAAGUCGAUUCAGGGUUCCCAGUGUACUUACAGGCAGCCACCAUCUCUGAGCCACUUUGUAGCCGAGCAUUUCUUAGAGUAAUUUCCUGUGUGCGCUAUCAGACUGACUCUAGAGUAAUUUCCUGUGUGCGCUAUCAGACUGACUCUGCUUUUAAUGGUCUGGUCAUUUAUUUGUUAAGGGCCUGCCAUGCACCGGUGUGCUGUGAGGCACUUUUAUAUACCAUUUUCACACCAAAAACUGUGCGGGGUGGAUGCUGUUCUCCUUUUACUGAUGAUGAACCUGAAGCUUCAUCUUUUAAGUGUCAGAGCUAGAAUCUGAGUAUUGACCAAAACCUAUGCCAUUCCUGCUAUAACUGCAUGGCCUCUGCCUAGACGAAAGUGAUUUCAGUAAAUAAAACUGAAUUAUUUAUGCCUUUCUAAUCCAGUUAGCCUCAAAUAGAUGAGAAAUUAGAAUCUGUGUGAAUUGGUGCUUAAUUUUUUAAAAUUUCUUAUUGAAGUACAGUUGAUACACAAUGUGACAUUAGUUUGAAGUGAACAGCAUAGUGAUUCAGUAACUACACAUUAAGCUGUGCUCACAAGUAUAGCUACCGUCUGUCACCAUACAACACUUACAAUACCACUGACUGUAUUCCCUGUGCCGUACCUUUCAUCCCUGUGUCUUAUUCACUCUGCAACUAGAAGCCUGUACCUCCCACUCCUUUUUUUAAUUUAAAUUUGUGCUCCAUAAGCUGGUUUAUGUAAGGCUAGCCUAAUAUAAGCACUCUUAAAAACCAGAGUCCAGGAGGAGAGAACCAAUUAACUUUUAAAUUCUUCAUAAAUGUUCGAGUUAUUUGAGGAGGACACAGAAUCAUGGAAGUUUUGAACAGGAGGACUUGGAGCCCGCCUGUCCACCUCUCAUUUCACAGAAGGGAAGCAGGCCCAGACUGGGAGUUCACCUGUCACACACCAUCUGAUGCAGGACACCUGAUUGCAGGCCAAGUGCUGUGUCCCCUGAAUUAGGCUACCUCCAGUCUAUCUUGUUGCAUCAAGAAUGGUCUGGCUGGAUCACCGUUUGAGCUAUAGAAGCCUUGUAGCUGCGAAACAGGUACCGUCCUCUGUUUUCCAAGGGAGAUGAAUCCAGGGAGAACAGUGAUUUGCUCAAGGGCAAGCUGAACUGACACCUAGGUGUCCUGAUUACUAAGCCACCAUGUCUUGGAAGAAGCCAGGGGCGGUAUGAUACGGGGGGAAGAUCAGAACCUUGAAGAGACAUAAUCCUAGAUCCAGCACUUACCAGGGAUGUGACCUGAAGACAAAUUACUCACCUUUUCUGCUUCUCAGCUUCUUCAUCCCUAAGAUGUGCUCAUGGCCAUGCCCCUCUCAGGGUGGCCUGAAGUUGGCUGAGCGUAUUACUUACAUGAAAUGCUUAACCCUGUGCUCUCAGCAAGCACUUCCUUCACUCCAGACAACUUAGGAAAUGCCACCAUUGGGAGCUCAAGUUCUGCUCUUGUCUCAAGACCUGCAUCUUGUUUUCUUGAUCUGAUGCUUUACAACCUUCCUGGGGAGUGCCACGGGCAGGAGUUCAGUGAUGCCUGGGGAUUGACUCCAUCUCCUUAGAGAAAAGACCAAUAUUCUCACACUGUGUACCUUACUGUCUCUUUUCUGAACUUGCCAGUGUUACUUCUUGCCAUAAACUGAUGAAAUGGGGAUGCUGGCAAAAUAACAGGUACAGGAUGUAUUAUCAUUGUUCAUUCCUUGGGGAGAUCUAGAAGCAACUGGCUGGGAAAUAUUUAGCAGAAUUAAUACUUGGGGACAAAAGCUGGUACAUAACAAAACCAUUGUGUAAAUCAAGCUUAGAAUGUAAAUCAAGGGCCCCAUUAAUACUCUGUUUUCAUGGAAGAAACACCUGCUGGGCUAUCAAUAAAGAUGCUUUGUAGAAA